AUGCCAUUGGCGUCUCCGCGGUUGAGGCUCGCAGUUCGCUCCUCUUCCUUAGCAUCAACACUUCCGCCUUCACCGGCUCGAAUAUUCCGGACCAAUGUAGCGACUGCAGAGCCUACUUUCGAUCGGCGUGGACGUAACAAUAUCAAGACGUCCCAACGCCACAUAUCCUCUUCCGCCGCCGUCGCAAUCGCUGCUUCCAGACCAGUUCAGCAGCCUGGAUCCUCGGAAAAACAUACAUCGAGUGAUGGGGCGACAAUCGUGUCGGCUACAACUGCGAAUGUGGCAUCACAAUCAUCUGGCGUGGACCACUUGAAGCGUCGCGGCCACUUCCUACCGUCCCCACUGGCGCGGGACCCAGCAGCUGACAAGGGCCCGGGCUUGGGGCUCCAACAUAACAGACGAUCGUUGCUGGGUGCCCAGCACUACGGGAAAUGGCGCGAUCUGCUCUUCGAUUACGACCGGCUCAUGUUUGAGGCUGGGCUCACGCAGUCUUCGCAUUCCGUGCGCGACGCCAAGAGAUCUGUUGACCUGCCCGAACAUGCAACCGACCUGGGGCUCUGGAGUGCCAUCUUCAAUUUUGCUCAGAGGCGUGAAGACCGCGAGGGUGCUCUGGUGGUGUGGAGAGAAAUUCUUGAUAGGAAGCAGCUUCACCAAACGGACGGUGUUGUGGCCAUUUCAUUCUGGCAGUCCGUGGUAGAGUCUGCCCUCGAGGACGAGGCCUUUCUGGAGAGCACAUGGGCAUAUGCAGAGUGGAUGCACGACGAGCACGACGCACACUGGCCAAACUACUACCGAACCAUCGUGACAUUCUGCCUGGACAAUGGGCAAUAUGACCGGGCACUACAAUGGCACCUGCGGCUGGGCGCACAUUUCGGUGUUGCGAGGCGUGACUUUUUCGACAUGCUAAAGGCUUUCAUCUCUGACCCCGAGCCCGAGCUCCAGGACACGCUGCAUUGCAUCUAUGCCACCAGCCACCACCGCCAGCUCUACGAUACUAUUGUACCCCUUUUGUGGUCUGAGGGCCAUUCAACGCUGGCACAGACGUGGCGCGAAACGCUUAUCCGGCACGACGACAUACCGCUGUCGACAGGAGCGUCACGGCCGUUUCUGCAGUACCUUGCCGGCUACUACCCAGAAACGGAGCUCCAUAGCCAAGAACAGACGGUGCUGAAUUCUCGGCCUGUGAACCAGGCCCCUGCUCCCCGACAGCCUGCAGAAAAGACGGCGGACAUGCCGAAAAAUCUCUACCAUCUCAUGAACCGUGUCCACGGCGAGACAUUUGGCAUCCAGGAGAAGCAAUUCAACGACAAGAUCGGAGCGAAAUGGUUUGCAACCAGCUGGGUGUCCUUGGACACGGCGAUCAAUCUCGUGUCCGGUCUGGGCAUUCUUGAGAUUGGGCCGCUGUCCCUACAGUCCAUUGCGUUGCGCGAAAACGGACCUGCUGGGGUUUCACGUCGGUUACAGCAGCUGGACGAGCUUCAAAUCAGCGUCGGACAGUCCAACUAUGCCAGAGGCAUUCGCCACCUGGCCAAGAUGGGUGACGGGGAGACGUUGGACAAAUUCCUCCAUUCCACCAUACACCCGGACGUGUUUGACGACGUGGUGCUGCAGCGCUAUGUUCUCGGCUCUGCCUCGUUUACGGGCGACUGGGAGACACACCAUCUGCUGCUUGCUAUGCGUCUCGCGGUGUCGGAAGAUUCACUGGUGGCCACGUCUAAUCAGCUGCUUCAGACCUGUCUGGACCAGCGAAGGAAGAAGGCCACCCUGAAGCUGAUGGACGAGUUCGCUGCCAAGAACAUCGAGUUGCUGCCGUCAACUUGCGAGUCCAUGUCCGAUCUGAUUUUGGCCGAGGUCCCACGCCAGUUUGACCCCAACGCAAUUCCGGACGUCGACUUUUGCAUAGCCCUAUGCCGUCGUCUGGCGACGUUACGUCUACCUGUAGCCACGGAGGCGUGGCAAAACAUACUGGUUCUGCUCGGCAGACAAGGCCGUCUGGCCGACCUGGAAGCCAUUGCAGUGGACGUUGCAAGCCGCUAUGUUUCCAUCCAAGCGGCGGCCCUUCCAGCACCAAAGACUUCGCCCGCGUCGUCGCUACCAGGCGCAAACGCUGCCUUUAAGGUCCACGUUGCCGAUGUGCCCGAUGUGUUGCGUGAUGAGAGUCCAUCACAGACGUCUGACAUUGGCUACCGGCUGCUGCCGCGCGACCUGGCAUUGGACCACCCGUUGCACCCACUGAGCCUGAUAUUCGAUCGCAGCAUGGUUGAGGCGGUUGUUCGAUGGUACUUCCACCGGAAGCUGGCGUACCGACAGGGACAGAACGUGCGAUCCCCUAUAGGCAACCGGUUGGGAAAACAACCAGUACCGUCAGACGGUGCGAAGAAGGCGGCCUCUCCGGGAGACUUUUCUUUGGCCGGUGGGAUCCGCCUACUGGCCAUUCUGCGGGAUCGCGGAGUUGCAGUGCCGACGGCCAUUGUCCGGUCAGAAGCCCUGGUGUGCAUUGCCGCCGUGUUUGGGCCCCCGUCGAUGGCCACACGCUACUGGCAGCCGGCGCGAUCGGCGAACCAGCUGACGGUGCGGGAGGUCAAGGAUCUAUGCGAUGCGGCGUGGGCGACCAGCGGCAGCAGAGGAGGAGCGGCAGAGGCAGAGGAGCUGCUGCCGGCUCUGGAUGUGUUGGAGAAAGCAUUGAAGGCCGUCCGGCCGGUGGCCAACUCGUUUGGAAACCAGCUGACGCGAAGGGGGGACAAGAAGAAGAUGUCACGAGAGGCGUUCAUCGACGCUGUCUCACAGCAGCCUGGAAUAGAGCCGAGCACAGGAUGA